AAUGUACCCAUAUAUGUGUGGUUCAGUUCAUCGGAAUCUUUCCAUCUACGUCAGCAGUGUGCCAAGAUGCUGAGCCUAAAAACCUUAGCUUACCUUCAUCCGUUCCGCAGAUCCCCUACCAGGUCCCCUCGACCUCGCCCGAGCUUCCCCGUUUCUCGCAUCUCCUUCUCUUCCUCGAACACCACCAUGCCUCUCAUCCCCAUCGUCGACCACAUCGUCCUCUUUAAGGUCCGGGACUCCACCGAUCCCUCGAAGAUCGAAACAAUGAUAACCAAUCUCCGCUCCCUCAUCUCACUCGACCUCGCCACAUUUCUCACCGCCGGCCCAAUCCUCCGAUCCCGCUCCGCCGCCGCCGAAGACUUCGGCUUUACCCAUCUCCUCUACAGCCGAUAUCGCACAAAGGCCGAUCUCGCUGCCUACAGCGGCCAUCCGUCACAUCUGACCGUCGUUAAGGAGAAUGUAUUCCCAAUAUGCGAUGAUAUCAUGGCCGUCGAUUGGGCCGCAGAAGUCGAUGUUGACGUUGCUCCCUCGCCGGGAUCUCUGGUGCGGCUCACGCUUGCUAAGCCGCAGGAAGGGAUAGCGGGGGUGGAGGUUGUUAGAUCAAUCGACGGGGUUAGGGCUUUUGUACCUGAUUCGGUGCGGGUGAGCUAUGGUGAGAAUAUUUCGCCAGAAAGAGCGAAAGGGUACGAGGUAGGGUUUAUUUCGGUGUUUUCUGGGGAGGAUGAGGCGGAUGCGAUUGAAGGGAAGGAGGAAGUGGAGAAGCAGAAGGAGAAGCUGAGAGCGUCGUUGUUGUUGAUUAUUUGGUUCCUUCCCCUGUUUCCGCCAUCUGAUGGAACAACUUGAAAGGUUUGAUCCUUUUUCAGCUUCUUAGUUAUGCUGAGGGCUGUUGAAAACUGCUGGAUCAAACUGUCAGUUACUAUAUAUAUUGCUUGAAAAAGCCUACAAUAAUUGUGUUGAGGAUUUCAGCAUGUUGGGUUGAACAAUAUUUUGGGGAGGGUUACUUCUCCAUUUCGUGUAUUAAAUCUAUUUGUUGAAUUUGGCUGCAAUGGCUUGCCUAUCUAUAACAUUAUGUUAUGAAUUUUGCUGCAA